AUCAGCGUUAUCAUAAUAUUCCCAGUUUGCGAAGCGUUCAGUUCACAAAAUUUCGGUCUUUAAUUUUUGGAGUUAAAAAUUUGUAGCUUACAAAAUUGAAAAUUCAAAAAUUUGGUUCGGAAUUUUAUUUUCAGACAACACCCUCUCGUGCACGCAUCAAAAUUAUUAGUUCUGAUAAGGGAGUUCAAUCCAAGACGAAUCAAUAGCAAGAUGAAUACCACUUUUAAAAUGGCUCGAAUGAGCCUGAAUCAUUCCUGGCGGUUUGUUAGUAACAAAUCCAAGGGGCAAUUUUCCAGUUUGCGGCGAUUACCUGCAGUUAGCAGCCAAAACCGUCGUUACGCAGACCGAUAUACCUUCGAUGACCAAACUCAAGCACAAAUCCAGGGCAUCAAGAAGAUGAAGGAGAUGGGCGAGGUGCCCCAGGAGUCUCCUUGGCGUGACAGCGAAUGGUCUCCCGAUUUUCCCGAGCGUUUGGAUGAGAUGGGCUAUGAGUCCCACUGCAACGAUCGCCUGUAUAUAGCCAAGAACAAAUUACGUCACGAGCAACAAAAAUAUGAAUUGGAACGUGAAGAGCGUCGCAAGAAGGCCCAAAGAAGAAUCAGUAGUCACUUCGCUAAAGGUCAGGCAGAACCGGAAACAUUGCGCCGGCGUACCAUCUCACAGGAUCCGGCCGAACACCAAAGGCGUCAGGAGGCGAUUAUCGAGCAGAAUCGCCGACGGUGGCAAAAUCGACCGGAAUCUAGAAGGGAAACUAAUACCUCCGGCAUUACCUAUCGUCCGGAUAAGCGAAAGGAAACGUAUACUGAGACCACUGAGAAAAUGCAAAGGGAAUCGGAGGACUACCAGCGCCAAAGACGCAAUACAGAGAGCUCAGAGGAAGCUCAAGACAGCCAGACAGUGGUCUACGAUUCCAAUCGUCCCACGGCCGAGUGGUUGAGGAAGCGCCAGGAGGAGAACGAGGCGGAGUACUGGCAUUCGUGGCAAACAUGCCCAUGCUCCCGGGAGUCGGAGACCACAGAGGAGGUGAAGCCCCACCUGAAGCGCAAGAAGGUAGUGGGCAUUCCACCUGCAUAUCCAAGGGAUUACCAACGACGCGGCUACCAUCAGAUAUCCCCACCUGCGUAUGCACUGAAGGCCAAGACUAUAGUGAUGAUACCAAAGCGGCGACCCUCUGGCAUCGAUAAGCAGUACCACAAGUUUGCCAGGAAACAGGCGGCUCUAUGGCAACAGGACUUCGACGAGAUCCAGGGCAACGGGCAACCACUUCAGAUGCCCAAGAAGGAGGAAAAGAAGAAGCCCAAGAGGAAGGAGGAUCGUCGAUCCGUAGAACCGCCCCGUUUCCGAAUAGUCGUCAAGACCCGUGCUCCCGCUAUCCGCCCCUCUACUCCCGUGUUCAAUUACUCUGGCCAGAUGGAUAUGCCGCCAGCCAUCGCUGGACCCAGUGCCUACAUGGGAUCUCACCGCAAAUCUGAAGGCGAAUCCUGGCGCAACUUCUUCAGGGCCAGCAGCUCAUAAAUGGAGCUCAUUUUACUACAGCGUUGUGAAUUGCCUUUUUAUCCAGAGUUAUUAUUUGAAAAUGAAUACUUGCUGAGCUCCUGGCAAAGUUCUGGGAUAUUAUAGUAAAAUUUAAUAUAAUUGACGUUGAAUGAA